AUGUACCGCCCGUUGAUUGGUUUUGCGGGCAUCCUGGUUGCAAACCUCGUUGCGGCCCUUGAUGCUGCCUCAUUAUCUGUUGCAUUGCCCACAAUUGCGAGCGAACUCCAAGCGACAAGCAUACAGGCCUAUUGGGCUGGGACUGCAUUUGUCCUCAGCUCCGCAGCGUGUCAACCGCUAUUUCCAGCAUUCUCCAAUGCGUUUGGACGACGAUCUGUCGUGAUCUUCGCCUUGUCGCUUCUAAUCCUAGGAUCGAUCGUAUGUGGUUCUGCUCAAGGGAUUUCUGCAUUGCUAGCAGGUAGAACUAUACAGGGAAUUGGUGGAGGUGGAAUUCUUGCGAUGACAUACACGAUCAUGACCGACCUUUUCACUCUAAGACGUCGAUCAGUGGCAGUUGCCGUCAAUGGGAUGGUCUGGUUGUUGGGCGCUGCUGUGGGACCAGUGAUGGGCGGGCUGCUGAGCACUUCUGCUUUGUGGCGAUGCAUCUUUUGGAUAUGUCUACCGCUACUGGUCAUAUCCCUUGUUCUGGUGAGCUUAUUCCUGGGAUCAAAGAAGGAUAACUCAGACCAACCUGAAGAAAAGCAUUUACCUGGUGCUUGUAAACGAAUCGAUUGGAUUGGCGUGGCAUCACUUGUCGCUUCCUUAACCGCGUUUCUUGUUCCGGUGUCAUGGGGAGGUAUCAUGUUCCCGUGGCAGUCUUGGCAAACCCUCGUACCGCUUGUAAUUGGACUCGUCGGAUUGGCCAGCUGGGUCUCGUACGAGCAUACUUUUCCAAGCCAACCCAUGGUGCCAUUGUCUCUAUUCAACAAUCGAACAACCUCAUGUGCUUUACUGGGCACUUUCGUGAUUGGCAUAAUUCAGUUCGGACUGGUCUUCUAUCUUCCACUGUACUAUCAGGUCGUCAAGGGGUACUCAGCCGUCAUCUCAGGCGUGGCACUAUUGCCAAUUACUCUUGUAUCCGGACUCUCUACCGCUAUCACUGGCAUGGUCAUCGCAAAGGCAGGGCGAUACAAGAUCUCGGUCCUUACAGGUUGGACCGUCCUUGCGCUCGGCUGUGGUCUCCUUGAGCUGCUCGACCUUCACACAAAAACCGCGGAAUGGAUCUUCAUCACAGCUGCCUCUGGUCUUGGCGGCGGAAUUCUCUUCACUGCUCUGACGAUGGCUGCACAAGCACAUGUCGCUCAGGAGCAUAUCGCCAUUGCAGCCGCCCUGACGCCCUUUGUUCGUGCUCUGGGUCAAGCAAUCGGCAUCACAGCUGGCAAUUCGAUCAUCCAAAACGGCCUGAAACGGAAUCUACAGAAGUCGUCCUUCGAUCGGCUUCGUACAAACGCCGGUGCAGUCACCCGUCAUAUGGCCUCUCCGAAAUUCCUUCUUUCGACCUUUGCAACCUCCGAGGAUGAAGUAUCCGCGCUUCUCGCCGCAAUCAGCAAUGCGUUGAAGGAUUUUUGGUGGUUUCUUCUUGCCAUGGCGCUACUUGCUGGGUUGCUUUCCUUGAUGAUUGUCGAUCUCAACCUGGAAUUUACCGAGAAGAUGGACGAUGCGGUCGUGAUCUCGACGACUUCAAGUCGCUCUGAUUCGUCCUCAGAGGGCGGAUCGAUCGAACGCAAAUCGGCGCCAAGUGAUCAGGCGUGA